AUGAACUUGGCCCACACCACAGUGCUCCUGUGGGUGUGGGGGAGUCUCCAAGCCUUUGAAAUCGUGGAGAAGGAGAACAUUUUUCAGAGGACCCCCUGCCCUGCUUUCCUGAUGUUCGACAAUGCAGCCUACCUGGCCGACAUGAGCUUCGAGCUGCCCUGCCACUGCAAACCAGAGGAGGUGUCCGCUGUAGUCUGGUACUACCAAAAGCGCCUUGGUAGCAGCCACACCAAAGUACUCACAGACUUCGAUGGGCGGGUGCUAACUGAGGCAGCCCAGGUGCGGGUGGGCAGUGACAUGCUGGUCCGCUUCAGCAUUCGCAUGUUCAGCCUGUUGGUGUUCCAGGCCCAGCCCGAGGACUCAGGCUUGUAUUUCUGUGGCACCCGCAAGGGGGACUAUUUCUAUGCCUACGAUGUGGACAUCCAGAGCGGUGAGGGAAUGGUGGCCACCUUCAAGGACCAGGGCCAGGAGCCCUUUGCAGAUGAGUACCAUGGGAGCCUCCAUGUCUUCACCACUUUCUGGGAGUGGACCCCCUGUGACCGCUGCGGGGUGCGCGGGGAGCAGUGGCGCCUUGGCCUCUGCUACCUGCAGAGCCCAGACCUCUCUCCCCGCUACCGUAAGACACUGCCAGAUGUGGUGUCCUGUGGUUCACAGGCUGUGCCAAGAAAGCUGCGGGCCAAGGCCAGGGACCAUACACCUGAGCUGCUGGUUCGGAGCUGCAUGGUGCCCUGCAAGAAAACGACGAUGAUCCAGAAGGGCGUGAUGGCCAUCUUCAGCUAUGUGUCCAAAGUGGGCAGCCAGCCCUGGGUGCCCCAGGUGCCCAUUCAGUUCCACCAGCAGAGGCUGGGCCACGGACUCAUCAUCUCCUGUCCUGGUGCCCGGCCAGAGCACGCUGUGGCCUGGGACAAGGACCACCAGUACUUCUACCGCACAGAGUACCUGAAGGGUGUCAACAGGUCCAUGAGGGUGUUCAUUGACCACGGCAACCAUCUCCACAUCCGCUUCACCCAGCUGAGCGACCGGGGCAUCUACUAUUGCUGGCUGCAGGGGGUACAGAUCGCUGGGUUCCGCCUGGGCGUGACAUCUCGAGGGCGCUACAAGGCCUCGUUCUCAGACCCCGAGACGCGCUCUGCCAUGGAGCUCACCCUGAUAGGAUAUCUGCUCAUCACGUCGGUCUUUGUCACCAUUCACCUCUGUCGUUGCUGCGGUUACUUAUUUCGCUAUUGUCCCAGCUUCGCCCCCUAG